CGUCGUCACUCAGCUCCCAACACGGAGGAGAGCUCUACGCUUUCAUUUUCUCCAACUACUACCUACCUACUGCUCGGUCAAAGCUCUGAAUCCUAGACUUCCACAACGAAUUAUUACAACCUGUCCGGCUUUGCUUUCAUAAAAGAACAGACAUUUGUUUCUGACAAGGCGCCACGUUUGAAGAACCGAGUACUCUCUUAUGCGAAAUUGGAAGUUAAAGGCUCCAUUAGACUUAUCAGACUCAACUCUAGUUACUGGACUCUUCAUGAUGCGAAUACGACUCCCGGUUGCAGGCGUCUUCCUGCUCCUACUCCUCAUUGCCGCCUACGCUGGAUUGACUUCAAUACAACUUGGCCAAUAUGUCAACGACAAGGUGUUGCACUUCACCACCUUCUUUGCGCUUACCGUUGUGUUUUACUGGGUUGUCGAUACGAAUCGAAGACGCGUUAUGAAUAUGACUUUGGUCGUUUGCACAAUCGUUCUUGGUGUCGGUUCCGAAUUCGUCCAAAGCUUCCUCGAUAACGGUCGGGAGUUUGAUCUAUACGACAUUAUUGCAAAUGUGAUAGGAAGUUUGUUAGGUGUUGGCCUUUGCUCGUGGUACCACAAGCGUAUGCUCGAGCGCAAGCGACGUAGACGUUACAGUGCUGUUCCUGGCGAAGAGCAGGGUGAUGUUGAGCUCGGCGAAGGCCACGAGUCUGGGGUCAUGGAAGGGAACAGCCGCUCUCAAACAUUGGAAGAGGAGGUGGACAACUGGGACGAGAACCAGAUCGACGAUGACUGGGACGAGGACGAAGCACACGAGACUUCAACCAACACCCAGGCGUUGGAAACUAACGCGGACAACGGUGACUUGGGAGAUACAAAGAAGCGAAUGGACUAACAAGAACGAUGAGCUUAACUAUGGUCAUGUAAAGAUACUUUGCCACGACUUAUGACUGGAUGGCCCCGCACGAUUUAUGUUCAACUUGAUUACAUUGUGUUUGAUCGCUCGGUGACUGCUUGGUAUCAGAGGAGCCAAACAAGAAUAUCCAUUAUUCUCCCAUAUUGAAAAUGAUAUCGACGCUGAACUGUCCUAGGCAUUAUUCCCACCUUGACCCCUCUCGUUCUGAUAUGGCUAAAUUACACAUCUCAUGAAUAGUGCAGACUUUGGGAAAAGUCAACUUCCAGCUAUAAUGGCAACUGCACGGAGUAUGACUAGCCCACGAUGGAAGUAUU